UCGGCGCUGAUAGAGCUCGUGCUCUCGCUCGGUCUGCAGCGCGUUGACUUUGUGCUGAAGCGACUCGUGCGUUCUCAGAAACAACGCGACGAAGAAUCGGGAGGACCUGCUCUGUGUCGAGAAGUCGCCCCGUCGGAGUUCGGUCGCAGAGCCGGACUGAGGCGGACCCCGUUUGAACCUGGACUCCGAAGAUCCUGCCGGGGUCAGCGGCGCCUGCUGCUGGAGCUCUGCUGGUUUCUGUUGUGGUUUUACUGGUUCCAGUUUUUCCGCUCGGCCUCAUUAACUCACCCGCUGCUGGAGCCACAAAUAAAAGCACUCCUCUGGCAUCGCGGCGAGGGACUUGAACCAGCGUCACCGAAGAGACGACACAUGACCCGCACCCACGACCUGGUGAGGAAGAGGAGGAGGAAGAGGAGAGUCUGAGCAGGAUGCUGCGCUGGACCGCUGAGGACCACAGCGAGAAAAGACCCGGAGAAGAAGAAGAAGAGGACGAGGUGGAGGAGGAGCCCAUCCUUCGUCCCUCUUAUUCUCCCGUUACCAUGACGACGUCAAAGGAUGACCCCGCUGCCCAAUCAGAGGCCGCAGUGAGCCCUCUGGCCAAUCAGGAUGUCAGCUCAGACUCGGGGGAGGAGACGGGGGCGAUGAUGUCGGAGUCUAACAGGGAGGCGUUACUGUGGCAACGGAAGGAGGAGGAGCAUGAUGAAGAGGAGACGCAGGCGGUGGCCUCGUCUCCCGAUGGACGAUUCCUCAAGUUCAACAUCGAGAUUGGACGAGGAUCCUUCAAGGCGGUUUACAAAGGCCUGGACACCGAGACCACGGUGGAGGUGGCCUGGUGUGAACUACAGACCCAUCGUCUGAACAAGGUGGAGCGUCAGCGGUUCUGCGAGGAGGUGGAGAUGCUGAAAGGUCUGCAGCAUCCGAACAUCGUCCGAUUCUUCGACUCCUGGAAGUCGACGCUGAAGAGCCAAAAAUGCACCAUCCUGGUGACGGAGCUCAUGACGUCGGGGACCCUCAAAACGUACCUGCGCCGGUUCCGACAGAUGAAGCUGAAGCUGCUGCAGCGUUGGAGUUUCCAGAUCCUGAAGGGGCUUCAGUUCCUGCACUCGCGCUGCCCCCCCAUCCUGCACCGAGACCUCAAGUGCGACAACAUCUUCAUCACCGGGCCCAGCGCUUCCGUCAAGAUCGGAGACCUGGGCCUGGCCACGCUCAAGAAGGCCUCGUUCGCCAAGAGCGUCAUCGGGACCCCCGAGUUUAUGGCUCCUGAGAUGUAUGAGGAGAAGUACGACGAGGCCGUAGACGUUUACGCCUUCGGAAUGUGCAUCCUGGAGAUGGCCACCUCCGAGUAUCCGUACUCUGAGUGUCAGAACGCCGCCCAGAUCUACCGCAAAGUAACCAAUGGAAUCAAACCGGACAGCUUUUUCAAAGUAAAAGUCGCAGAGCUGAAGGAGAUCAUUGAGGGCUGCAUCCAAACCGACAGCAGUGAGAGGUUCACGGUUCAGGACCUGCUGGACCACCGGUUCUUCCAGGAGCAGCUGGGAGUCCACGUGGAGCUGGCGGAGGACGACGACAGUUCGAAGGCGGCGCUGAAGCUCUGGCUGCGAAUGGACGACAACACGAAGCUUCACGGCAAAUACAAAGACAACAACGCCAUCGAGUUCCUGUUCGAGCUGUACAAAGACGUCCCCGAGGAGGUGGCCCAGGAGAUGGUGGUGUUGGGUUUCGUGUGCGAGGCGGACUAUAAGCUGGUAGCCAAGGCGAUCAGACACCGCGUGACGGCCAUAAAGCGUCAGCGGGAGAAACAGCGCCGCCUGCUGGAGGGAGCUCUGAACCGCCAGGGAGACGCUGUCGUCGAGGAGGAGCCUGACCCCACCCCCCGGCCCCCUGAACCGUCCAAUCAGAAGCCGGCACCUGCCACAAGCCCGACUGCUGAAGGCAAGGUAGCCAUUCAGCAGGACGCAGCUGCUGUUUCACCACCCGCCCCCGCCGGGAUGCAAGCCCUGCCCGCGGUAACGUUGACAUCAUCGGCGCUGUCGUCGAGCGGCAGCCCGGUGGAUUCUGGGAUCAGCAGCGUCUUCAGCAGGGCGGAGGGAGACGGAGACGAGGAGGAAAAGACCGCCAAACACACCUCGUACUCCUCCGCUACAUCGGACUGUGAGAUGGACAUCUCCUCAGGCGUCCCAGAGAAGGUUGAAGCCACACCCCCUCCCGUCACAAACCCCACCCCCAUCCCAUCAUUCUCUGCCCCUGCUCUGGUGGCUCAGGAAACCCCUCGCCUUGAGGUUCGUGCCCCCGUGACCCGGCCUCCAUCCAAGGCUCCGCCCCUUCCUGUGCUGCGUUUCCCCAAGAGCAUCGCUGUGUCCCUUAAUACCGAGCGACCGCCGUCUGGAUCAGUCUGCGGCUUCUCCUCACCUGUGGACAGCAACGCCUCUGAUGUUCACUCAGGUUUGAGUGACGGCAAUGAGGGCCAAUCAGACAAGGGCAACCAGGAAGCACCCAAAAGAGCGGCUACGAAGCAGUUCAGGAGGAGAGCGAGGGCUCGCCUGAGAAUCAUAUCGCUGUCAGACAUGGUGGACCGGGUGGUGGAGUGUCAGCUGCAGACGCACAACAGUAAGAUGGUGACGUUUAAAUUCGACCUGGACGGAGACAAUCCAGAGGACAUUGCCUCUGUGAUGCUCCACAGAGACUUCAUCCUGCCAUCAGAGCGGGAAGGCUUCAUCCUCCGCAUGUAUGACACCAUUAAGAGGGCGGAGUCAAUGAUGCAUCAGCAGCCAGCAGACACAGACAGGUUGUCUAACCCGACAGCGUCCACACUGCCUGAGUCCACGCCAAACGUGUCCACCCAGGCCCUCUCCAGGACUCUGUCCUCAUCUUCACUACCUGACAUUGAUGCUGAUCCCUCCCCCUUAAAGAGCACUGACUUCUACAUCGACCCUGGGGCCACGCCCUCCAUCAGGCCGCUGAGGUCACAGUCUUUUCACACCUCGUCAGCUUCCUCCCCUCAGCCCCGCCUUUACCCCUUCCAAUAUCCCCACCCAGACUCUGCCUUUUCCACCUCCCACCUCCCCCCUCCUCAGUAUCAACUACCAUCUCCCCUCUAUUCCCCCUACACCGUCUCAUUCCCCACCCAGAAUCCUGCCCCCGUCCUCCCCCAAGUCCACAGUAACCCCUCCCUCCUCACCCCCUCAUCCACCUCUUCCCCGGCUGCUCCCCCUCAACCUCCCCCUCCCCAAUGGCCUUCCCCGGACCAGCCUUUCUUCACUCUGACCAACAUGCUCUCUCUGGCCAUGAGCGUGGCCCAGUCCUUCAUGCCCCCGCCUGGGACCCAAAACCAGGGCUUUCUCCCCAACACCCAGCCCCUGUCUCACCCAUUCCCCUCCCAUCAGGCCCCUCUCUCUCCCCCAAUGUCUCCAUCCCUGGGCCCUAAGGUCCACCCCCCACCACACGCCUCUGUCUCUACUCCCUUCUCCCCCCAACCUCCCUACAACCCCCCGUUCCCUCAGACAGGCUCUGCCCAUGACAGCCAGCAGGUGGCGUUGCCCGCCCGAACUCAAGACGUUCCUCAGCCAUUGCAGCAUCACAGUCCAGUUCAGCUGAAGGUCGCCUCAGCUCCGCCCCCUCAUGGUCCAGAAACCGUCUCUGCUCCCACUCUGACCAGUGCUCCCAGUCCCAGUUUUCUUCCAUUCACUCCUCGCAACAGAGUGUCUCCCCCCGUCUCUCCAUCACCCAGACUGUCUCCUAUUCACGAGGUGAAGAAACCUUCAGUCCUUAAGGUUGGUCGUUUCCAGGUCACGCCCUCUAAAGACAUCCUUGCUGUCCUUCAUCAGGACCCCCGCCCACUCAAUCAGGCCACACCCACCACCCACUCCCCACCCCCCUCCAGGCCGAGCCAAUCAGAGAGCUCGGAGAGCAGCACAGAGGAACAGAGUGAAUCAGAGAGUACCAUCGGCACAGUGAGGGUGUUCCCACCUGGUGGCUGCUAUGACAACCCUGGAGGACAGGAGGACAGGAGGGGGAGGGAGGGGAAGAGGAGGGGGGGUCAGAGGCUGAGCGUCAGUUUGUGGGACGGGUCAGCCGGCAGCCCCGGGAUGAGUGGCAGCAGCUUCAGCCAAUCACGGAGCCGCCCUGCACCCUACUUCAGCUCUGACGAAUCGGAGAGCGAGAAUGAGGAGCUGUUGGAGGAAGUACAGGAGCUCCGUGAAAGACACCUGGCGGAAGCGCAGAGCCUGCAGGCCAAUCAGAAGCAAGAGAUCAAGGAGCUGUACCUGAGGAUGGGGAAAGUACCGCCCCCUGGUAUCGUCUCUCCAGCUGCCAUGUUGAACCAUCGCCAACGCCGCCUCUCCAAAACCGGAAACUACCCUCCUGCUCGCAAAAACAGCCUGCAGCGUCUGGACGUGCUUCAUCCUACAGGCAUCAUGAGGAAGCGCUCGGUCAGCGGCAGCAGCAGUGGAUCUCAGGAGAGAGCAGGGAAAGGAGUGACCUUCGCCCCCGAACACAGCUGCAUUUGAGAGCGAGGAGCUGCUGACUGACUGAAGACACGAAGACGAUCUCUGAUGAUGGAAAAGAUGAGGAGGAGGAAGAAAAGACGAGAGGAAGAGGAGUGAACACAAGCCACUUUAUUAUCAAAGCUGCAGAAACAUGACAAUCUUUGCUUUAUCCAAAAUUGUGACGUGAUUUAACUUCUAGGAUUUUAGAUUUAUUCUGUUUAAUCUGUGUUUUACCGUGUGUUUUAUAUUUAUAACUGAGAAUCGAGCAUUUUAAUGACAUUGCAGCACUUUAGAAAGAAAACACGGAGCCUGAAUGAGCCUCACGAAAGGACAGUUUCUUGUUUUUGACUUUCUCUUCGUGUUCCUCGUGAGUUUCUGCAGGUUUAACAGGUCAGAUUGAGCUCGGGAAUCAUCCUUUUAAAGACACAGGAGGAGACAAAAAUGAACCUCAAGUCGAACUCAGAAACCUGAAUCUGAAAAUCUGAAGAAAUGAAUGAGUUAUUUAAAAGCACUCAACAACUUAGGGGCCUUAAAACUUUUAUUUUCUCAGCAUCUGACUGUGAUCAGAGGGUUUCUGCAUGAACACACAGUUUAUCUGCCACAGUUCAAACCAGGUGUCAGAUUUUUGUGUUUGUGUUCGAAGCCGCUCAGCUUCAGAGUUCUCGAGUGUUAAACUCAGGGUGUUUCUGCUAACUGGAACUUGGACUGCUGCUCAUUGAGUCACAAUCAUUUUGAUGCAUGAUAGAAAUUAUUCAGAUGUGGUUUAAGCAUGAAUCUGUUGCAUGCGGGUUCAGAGUCUUCUGCAUCUCCACGGUCUGUCUUUCUGUCUCACGCAUCUGCUUAGAAUCUGGAUCCACUGGACGCGGCUUUAAAUCACAUUUUGCCUCAUUUGAAGACGAUUUCAGGAAUAAUGAUUGUAAUAUUUAAGGUGGCGACUGGAGGAACAGAAACCUUCAGCAGGGCCAGCGAUGAUGAAAUCAGGUGACAUCCAGCUUGAGACAUGAAGAGAUGAAGGUGUGGGUUUGGACUCUGGAGGAAGAUGAAUGUUUGAAUGUUUGUGGUGAAAACUUACCGGAUUUAUUUCAUUUGAGUUUUGAAAGUUUGAAUUGUUCACAAACAUUAAAAAUGCAAUAAUGUCUCCUGGAUUUGAAGUUUUUUCCGUUUUUACCCUCGAAUGGCCGAAUUAUGAAAACGCCAUGACGAUGCUUUUUUGUGCUUCAGUGUUCAUUUUAGCUUCCGAUGUGGUAGGAGUCCUGCCAUUUUGGAGUCUGAGGAAGGACCUGCCGCCUGGAUUUGAAACGUCCGUGUCAUGUGAACACAACACCGCCACGUCGGUGCUAGAAACGUUGCCUGCUGAUGUUUCCCUGGCUCCGUGUACGGGUGGUCAUGUGAUCGCCGAACA